AUGGAAGUGACAAGGGACACGACGCAGUCCUGCUCCGGCGGCCUGGCAGCGCUCGCUGCCAGCCUCGCGAGUCGCCUCGCCGACGACAACGCGGACAGCAACCUGAUCCUCGGCGUCCUCGGCGCGCCGUCUCGCGCCGCGCUCGACGAGUUCCUCUCCCGCGUGGCGGAGGACGCGCUCGAGGACCACUCCGAGUCCGGCGGGCCGCGCGUGGCGUUCGCGUGCGGCGUGUGGACCGACCUCACGUGCCCGCUGAAGCCAGCCUACCGCCACGCCGCCGCGAGCACGUACAAGGCCGAUGCCAGCACCGUCGACUUCCGCAACAAUCCGGAGGCGGCACGGGGUCAGAUCAACGCGUGGGUCGCGCAGGUCAAGAGGAAGCUGAUCGGCUCCGUCCUUGGCCCGGGAUCAAUAACGCCGCUCACCCGCGCCGUGCUCGGCAACGCUAUAUACUUCAAGGGCAAGUGGGAGAAGCCCUUCCGCAAGAAGCGCACCGCCGACAAACUCUUUCACCGGCUCGACGGCCGCACCGUCGACGUGCCCUUCAUGCAGAGCCGGAGCUCCCAGUUCAUCGCCGUGCACAAAGGGUUUAAGGUAAUUCGUCUGUCCAUCCACCGUCUCGCACUCGCGGGUCACACCGAUGCAUUACAUCUUGCUAACAUGUUGACAGGACGGCGCGCCGAUCGUGACAAGCGUGCACAGUUUUCUAUGUGCGUCUUCCUCCCUGAUGCCUUCAACGGCUUGCCGGGCCUGGUCGACGCGAUAGCGUCCCAACCUGGCUUCCGGCACAAGCACCUGCCGAAGGAGAAGAUCCACGUUAGGGAGUUUCGGGUGCCCAAGUUCAAGCUGUCAUUCCACAGGAGCGUGGUCACCAUUAUCAACAAGCUGGGGCUCCGCUUGCCGUUCAGCGACCAAGCCGAUCUAUCUGACAUGGUGGAGGGUGAUGGAUCCGGCUUGCCAUUGGUCCUGAGUGACAUCAUCCACAAGGCGGUCAUCGAGGUAAACGAGGAAGGCACCGAAGCUACAGCCGUCACAUUGAUGGAUAUGGAAAUUGGAUGUAGUCGAAUACCGCCGCCACCGCCUCCUCGGGUGGAUUUCGUAGCUGACCAUCUGUUUGCAUACUUCAUAGUGGAAGAGGCGAUCGGCGCGGUUGUCUUUGUGGGGCACGUCCUCGACCCCUCAGCCUUAUGA